GACAUCACUUAAAUCCAAAACAAAAACAAAUACAUAUUAUGAUCUAAUACCCUAGAUGAGUUGUUUACACAUGUGAUCGGGGAUCAAACCUACAAGUUUACUUUAAUUAACCUCACUCCUUUUUAUCCUUGAAAAUACUAGUGUUCCCUUCCCUUAGUCUACCCUCUAAUUAAAACAAAGGCCUUAGUCUUUUUUCUAUAUAAUUUUUUGCCGUGAAUCUUGUGUCUGCAUAGGUCUUGUAUUUGCCACAACACGCUUUUGACUCUAGAAUUAUACUACUACUUUCUUUUGCUAUAAUGAGCAAUCAAUCAGCACUGAUUGGUGUCUUCUGAUAGAACAAUAGGUAGAUUUACAAAUGGGAAUUCCCAGUCCCAGACUAUGUAUUAUUCAUCUUUUUCUUUGUUUAUACUUUGUGCCCAUUACAAUCUGUCAGCCAAAUUUUGGAUAUUUUUAUUACCUGUGCUCAAACACAGUUGGUAAUUACACCAACAGCAGCAUAUACAAGACCAAUCUAAAUACUUUCCUCGCCUCAAUUUCAUCUGAACCACUAAAUGAUUCCGGCUUCUAUAACAUCUCCGUUGGCCAGGCUCCCAACACAGUUAAUGGGAUUGCGUUAUGCAGAGGGGACGCCACCCAACAAGAUUGCCAUCAAUGCCUCAAUGACACCGCGAUUAAGCUUCCUCAAUACUGCCCUGCACAAAAAGAGGCUACUUGGUGGUAUGAAACCUGUAUGUUACGUUACUCAAACAACACCAUUUUGGGAAUCUGGGACUAUUAUACUUGGGGUUUGCCAAAUGGCAAUAAUGUGAAUAAUGAGGACGAGUUUAACCUAGUUAUGGUAAAAUUAUUGAGUAGUCUAAUGUAUAAAGCCGCAUCAGGUAACUCUCAACUCAAGUUCGCAACUGGACAGGAUAAUCUUGAUGACGAUGGGAAACUUUAUGCUCUUGCUCAGUGCACUCCUGAUUUGUCAUAUCAAAAUUGCUUCUAUUGCAUCUGGAAUGUAAUUAAUUGGCUCCAAUAUUGUUGUGCAAACAGGAAAGGAGCGCGAGUAGUUGGCAAAAGUUGCAAUAUCAGAUAUGAGUUUUACCAGUUUUAUAGCUUGUCUAAUACGAGUUCUCCCCCCCCUUUGCCUAUACUGCCUGCUCCUAUUCCUGCUCCUCCAUUGUUAUCUAAUUCCACAGCUUCAGGCAAUGGAAGCAAAAAAUCGAGGAUUGCUAUCCUAAUCACAGUCCCUACACUUGCAUUGAUAUUUCUUACUGCUGGCUUCUACAUUUUGUGCAAGAGAAAAAAGGCGCGGGGUAAAAGCGGAACUUUGAUUACAGCUACUUUUUCUCCUCAUCAAGAUAAAAAUGGUGAAACCGUAAGUUUAGUAUCUCUACAAUACGGGUUCAACAGCAUUAAGACGGCAACAAACAACUUCGCAGACUCUAAUAAACUCGGUCAAGGAGGAUUUGGUACGGUGUACAAGGGAAUUUUAGCGAAUGGAAAAGAGAUCGCGGUGAAGCGAAUGUCAAAGGAUUCAGGACAAGGUGAUGGCGAGUUCAAAACAGAGGUAUUAUUAGUGGCCAAACUUCAGCAUAGGAAUCUGGUUAGGCUCCUUGGCUUUUGCUUAGAAAACAAAGAAAGACUUCUCAUUUAUGAGUUUGUUCCCAACACAAGCCUGGAUCAGUUCUUAUUCAACAUAAGCAAACGAUCAAACUUGGAUUGGGAAAAACGCUACAAGAUUAUUAGAGGCAUAGCUCGAGGACUUCUUUACCUUCAUGAAGAAUCUCGUCUAAAAAUCAUCCAUCGAGACCUUAAAGCCAGCAACGUACUUCUAGAUGCUGAUAUGAUUCCCAAGAUUGCAGAUUUUGGCACGGCAAGGUUGUUUGGAACAGAUCAAAGUCAAGGAGAUACUAGCAGAAUUGUCGGCACCUAUGGAUAUAUGGCUCCGGAGUAUGCACUGCAUGGAUUAUUUUCCGUGAAGGCUGAUGUCUAUAGCUUUGGCGUAUUGGUUCUGGAAAUCAUUACUGGUCGAAAGAAUAUGGGUUCCCAAAACCGGGAAUGUUCAGAGGACUUGUUAAGUUUGGUAUGGAGACAUUGGAAAGAAGGUACAGUUUUGAGUGUCGUGGAUUCGACUCUAUCAACAGGUCCAAAAGCACAGAUUAUGAGACUCAUACACAUGGGGCUGUUAUGUAUUCAAGAAAACGAGCAGGAUCGACCUACGAUGUCUGCAGCAGUUUUGAUGCUGAGCAGCCAUUCGUAUACUCUUCCUGCACCUACGCGUCCUGCGUAUGUCACGAUCAGUGCUAAGCCCCACAUGGAAUUCAACCCAGAUCAUACCAAGGACAGGUCUCAAGGACAUUCAUCUGUGAAUGAAGAUUCUAUCACUGACCUUUAUCCAAGGAGUUGAGUUACUGAAGUGAUAAGCUAACAAAGGAAUAAGUUAAAUAAAACUAGUAUGGUUUAAGCCUCUAAGGUACAACUAAUGAAUUAGAUAUAUAUAGAUAUAUAUUAGUACAGAACUCGUGCAAUGCACAGGGUUUUUUAAGUUAAUAUAUAUGCAAAAUGCGUUUUUUUAACUAAAAAGUGAAGUAUAAGUUACAUUAUCCCAAUAUCAUUAGGUGACUCCCACCUAGUGUGAGAUUUGAGAGGGUCGAUUGACCCUUGGUAACAAGCGAGAUGUGCAACUUCACAUAAAUUAAGUACACAUGAUUUGUUGAGUCAUUUUACUUUAGUCCAUUAUAAUCCAAAAUCUAUGAACUAUAAAUCUUUAGCCUCAUCAAAAUAAGAGACAUAAAAAAUGAAAGUGUUGGAAGUAUGAGAAGAUUUAUUCUCCACCUCCGCAAUCCGUGUGCCUCACCAAGCAAUCCAUGUGCAUCAACAAGAAAUACAAACUUAGUUAGGAUGCUUGUAACUAACUUCUGUUUAUAUAACAGAAUGUUGAUUAGCUAUUAUAUAGCUUUAGCUUCCUACAUUCAUUUGUAUAAAUAGAUAGCUCCAACUCCCAUUAUAUUUUAACCACUCCAAUUAAUGAAUGAGUGUAUGUUUCAAGAUUGAAUUGAGAGUUCUUGAUUGACACUUGUUGAGUUUAACAGAAAGUAUAAAUUAUAUUAUUAAGAUCAAUUUUUUUAUUAAAUUGUGAUAAUUAAUAUAAUUAAAGUGACGGUUUAAGAUUGUUAAUGCAUGUGCCAAAACUCUUAACACUGACGAUAAAUUUUAACCAUAGUCGAACAUGCUUUAUCGACUUUGGACAAGGAGGAUAUGAAUAUGUCGAGUUACGGUGAGUUGAAGUUUGGGACGAUACAUGAGGUGAUAGAUGUGGAGCAAAUGAGACUUCACUAAGGAUGCA